UUCUUCAUCAAAAAUGAAUUUUCAUUUUCUCUUUUUAUUGCCAUUUCUCUCACUCCUCUCCUCCGCCGCGGCAUGGAUUCAUGCUCACGCCACCUUCUACGGCGGCAGCGAUGCUUCCGGCACAAUGGGUGGAGCUUGUGGGUAUGGGAAUCUUUACAGUGAAGGGUACGGGACCAACACUGCGGCAAUUAGCACUGCGCUUUUCAACAAUGGGUUGAGCUGUGGGUCUUGUUAUGAGAUCAAGUGUGUGGAUGACCCCCAAUGGUGCCUCCCUGGCUCCAUUUUGGUCACUGCUACCAACUUCUGUCCGCCUAAUAACGCUCUUCCUAAUGACGCCGGCGGCUGGUGCAACCCUCCCCUCCACCACUUUGACCUCUCCCAGUCUGUCUUCCUCCAUAUUGCUCAAUACCGCGCCGGCAUCGUCCCUGUCGCCUAUCGGAGAGCUCCAUGUAAGAGGAAUGGAGGAGUAAGGUUCACAAUAAACGGCCAUUCCUACUUCAACUUAGUACUGAUAACAAACGUGGGGGGCGCCGGGGAUGUGCAUGCUGUGUCGGUGAAAGGCUCCAAAACUGGAGGGUGGCAAUCAAUGUCAAGAAACUGGGGACAGAACUGGCAAAGCCACAACUAUUUGGAUGCUCAAACCCUCUCUUUCAAGCUCACUACUAGCGACGGCCGUACGCUUGUUUCCAACAAUGUCGUUCCUGCUGGUUGGUCCUUUGGCCAGACCUUCACCGGCGCCCAAUUCCGGUGAACAACCACCGCCACCGCCUCCCUUUCUCUCUCUCUCUCUCUCUUUCGGAAUGCCCAUGUUUUAAUUUCAAAGGGCUUUUUCGUCAUUUCGGUGGUUAUUUAUUUUUUUGUAUGUGGUGGGGAAUGAGACAAGUGGGGCCGAGGUGGACUCUUCUUACCACCCGCCUUUCAGUGUUUGAACGUGCGUUUUGGUUGGAUCUUGGAGGGAAAACCCUUUUUUCCCUCUCUUUUUGCUUUUUUGGUUGAGUUGUAACCGUGAAAUUUAGGCUUAUU